AUGUUCUCCCUGUUCAAUCGAUUCGCUGGUUUUGCUCGACUCCCGCUCACGCCGACCAUCGAUGUUCAAUCGUCGACCAUCGCCACAACUAUAAGUCUUUAUCUUCAAGUCUUUAUCGAAGGCACCAUCAGUUUCUUAGCUCCUGAGUAUGCACUCACUGGAGGUUUAUACGCUUGGGGUGGUGGUCAAUCUGGUCAACUCGGGUUGGGCCCACAAAAUGGAAUCUUUUCAUGCGACUCUGUAACCAUGUUUCGGAACAUUCCGGUUUUGGUCCUUCCAUUUGGUGUAAAACAGGUUGCUUGUGGACAUUCUCACAAACUUAUCUGCACACAAGAUGGUAGAAUCCAUGGUUGGGGUUAUAACAGUUAUGGCCAAGCAGCUAACCAGAAAUGCACUUAUGCUUGGUACCCAUCUCCAAUUGAUUGGUGUUUGGGGGAAGUAAGGAAGCUGGCAGCUGGUGGGGGCCACUCUGCUGUAUUAACAGAUGCGUGUUCAUUGAAAGAGUUGUGUGAGUUUCAAAUUGCAGACUGUGUGACACCAUGGAAUGCUUCUAUGAUUGAAGAUGUUGCAUUUCGAACUGGUUCAGAUGCUUUGAUAAGUGGCGUUACAAAUGGAAUGGUUAUUUCCGGAGCUGAGGGUCCGGUCAGUAAAUCGAAUACAAGGAAGGGAAUCAGAGGCGGGAGUCCGGGAUUGGCAAGCGAAUACAGUGCCAUACAAGCCCACCACAGAGACAACUCAAUCCAGGGGAAUGACUUGCGGUCUGAUAUACGUAUUGGAAGAGUAACUCUUCAACGCACACGUAUACCUGACAACAAGGAUCUAUAUGCAGAAGAAGCAGCUGCUCAAAAAGAAAGAGAGAGACAGCGAAUGCUUAGCAUUCCUUCCUUUGUUUUCUUUUUGUUACUACUUGUGAUGUGGCAGGGUGUGAUUCUGCCUGCUGCCUAG